AUAAAUAUUGCACUAAACGCAUUCGUUCUUACCCUCGAAUCCGAACGCGCAUUUUGAGCAAACCACGAGACAGACGCGAAUAUGGCCCAACCGACCGGCAGAAACUUGGUGUCUACUCCCUCCCUCGUCUUCUCUCAUGGCGGCGGCUUCAACACUGGUGCUCCAACUCGGUGUCCUAUCCUUGAUUACCGUCUCAUCGACUCUGGAUAACCUUCCCAUCCCCGACUCUUCCCGGCCACACGAUGAACAUGUCCGUCAUCCUUGCCUUCCCAGAUCUGUACUCACCCCUAUGCUUGCCCUUCUCAUACAGCGGCGGAUUCGCCCCCACGUCCAUCGUCUACUUCUUCUUUACCUCUCGGGGAUUCAUCAUUGUCGUCCUUUUGUUGAUCCACCCGUGCAGAUCCCCAUCACCCUCGGCCACAUUUUUGAUCUCUCGCCCUCGCCGAAUCGUAUUCCCCCACCUUUCGUCCUCCUCUCCGGACCAGGACUUGCCAAUGUAUAUGGAAAGACGUUGCUGGCUACUGGCGAGAAGGAUAUCUUGCUUCCAUCCCGCCAUGGAGAGUAAGGAGCGAUGAAAUGGACAUAAUCACCUCAGUUUGGUGUUUGCGUUUCAGACGGGAAUGGGCAGAAGAUGUCAUCGAGUGGAGGUGCUAUGUUCACUGCGCGCACGUCAGCUUUGGUCGCUGGGACAGGGAUCUGU